AUGGACUACAUACUACAUUGUUUACAAUAAAAACAGGAAUCAAAUACAUAGGCUGUAGAAAGUUCCAAGAAAAUUAUUCAUCACAUGACACUUACUCCAAUAAAUAGAUUCUAUCAAGUAAAGGAUUAUGCAACUAAAAGAAUGAAAUUUAAUUAGGGAAACUAUUUGGUUCUGAAUGACAAAGUUAAGUUUACUAAUUUAUCAAAAUGGACACAUGUGAGAUUGUUUUAUUUAAAAAAAUAAUAAAUAACCUAGAAGAUCAGUAAUAUUAGAUGCAAAAUACAUAGGGUAUUAAAAGGUUGUACUAUUUUAAUCAGACCGAAUUGGCUUUUAUAGGUUCUUUUAUAUAAAAAUAUCAUAAAAUAAUUUUUUCAUGGAACUAAAAAAGAUAGCUUCCUAAUUUAUUAAGAAUUUGAUGCCAAUUUGUAUGUUUACCUUAUAAUUCUUAUGGUCGAUAUUUCAAUUAUUCAGUGAUUUUGUGGCAAUAAAAGAAUAGGCUGUGAAAAGAUAUACUCAGUAAAUGCUGACUCUUUGGAGUAUUUACUUCAAAUAGAUUUAGAGGUACCUGAAGCAGCGAGAUGA